UCCCUGACCUGUCCACCCCGCCCCUCCGCCCUCUCUCCCUCUCCCCCCGACUUCUCCCCUGCCUCCUGCCCUCCCUCCCUCUAACUUGUCCCGGCGGUCCACCUUACCCCGGCCUCUCCCCUACGUCCUUCCCUCUCCUGCCCCUCUCCGGUCCCUCCCCUCCCCUCCGCAGUUGCCCACGUCCCCCUCCUUCCACUGCCCUUUCUCCUCCCCCUCUCUCUCUCCUCCCCCUUCCCCCCUCCCCUGCCCGGGGACGGGAGGAGACCGUGGCGUCAGCGGGCUGACACCUGUGGGCACCUGCGAGCGUGGAGGACAGGGAGCCGAAGACCGCGGGGAGGACUGUCCCACGGCCGGAUCAGGGCCACUAAGGGCAUCCCUGUGGGUGACGCUUGAGGCAGGGACUGAACUAAACCCGAAAUGGAGAGAGCAGAGUGUAAGCAGUGAAAUGGAAAGGUGGGAUCACUGGUGGAUCCACAAGUCAAAUGUAUUCCAGUCAAGUUAUUUACAGCUUCAUUCUCGAAGAAGGGACCCUGCCAGGUGCUGAGCCAACAGGGGAAAUAAUAAUGAACCAUAAAUACGCUAAAAGACAAAGUGCAAAGAAGUGUGUUGGUAAUCACCCCAUGCAGACGCAUCCUUUGUCCAGCAAAUAAUUUCAGAUGGCUUCUGUUUGGGACUAAUGUUUGACUGUUGGAGAUUUAUCUUCUGCAAGAAAACUGGAGGCAAGGAUUGUUCUUGCCCACGAGGAUCCAAUGAGGCCAAAACAGAAGAAAGGGAUCAUCAGAUUGAUGUGUCCGACGUCAUCAGGCUUGUUCAAGAUCACCUAGAGGAGACAGGGACAGGUAGAGAUGAAAUCAUGCACCAGGACAUCACCCCGCUCUGUGCUGCCGACAUCCAGGACCAGCUGAAAAAGCGCUUUGCUUACCUGUCCGGCGGGCGGGGGCAGGACGGCAGCCCCGUCAUCACCUUCCCGGACUACCCCACCUUCAGCGACGUGCCGGACAAGGAGUUCCAGAAUGUCAUGACCUAUCUCACCAGCAUCCCCAGCUUACAAGAUGCUGGCAUCGGAUUCAUCCUGGUCAUAGACCGAAGGCAGGACAAAUGGACCUCGGUGAAGGCAUCAGUCCUGCGGAUAGCAGCCUCCUUCCCAGCGAACCUCCAGCUCGUCCUUGUUCUGCGCCCAACAGGAUUUUUCCAAAGGACUCUCUCUGACCUUGCUUUCAAAUUCAAUAGAGAUGACUUUAAGAUGAAGGUACCGGUCAUAAUGCUGAGCUCAGUACCAGAGUUACACGGUUACAUCGACAAGUCCCAGCUGACCGAGGACCUGGGUGGGACCCUGGACUACUGCCACACCAGGUGGUUGUGUCACCGCACGGCCAUCGAAAGUUUCGCCCUCAUGGUUAAGCAGACGGCCCAGAUGCUGCAGUCCUUCGGGACCGAGCUGGCCGAAACGGAACUGCCCAAUGACGUCCAGUCUACGAGCUCAGUGCUCUGUGCACACACGGAGAAGAAAGUCAAAGCAAAGGAAGACAUGAGGUUGGCGCUGGACGAGGGGCAGAACAUCCUGGAGCGCAUCAGGGAGCCUCUGGCCAAGAGCCCGGAGCAGAGUCUGAACCAGGACCAGCUAGACAAUCAGACCACGGUGCAGAGGCUCCUGGCCCAGCUGAAUGAAACCGAGGCUGCCUUUGAUGAGUUUUGGGCAAAGCAUCAGCAAAAACUUGAACAGUGUCUGCAGCUCCGGCAUUUCGAGCAGGAUUUCCGAGAGGUCAAGGCCUCCUUAGAUGUGUUGGCUCAGAAGGUAGCGACCUUCACGGAUGUGGGCAACAGCUUGGCGCAUGCGGAGCACCUCCUGAAGGACCUUACCAGCUUCGAGGAGAAGUCCAGCGCGGCCGUGGAGCGGGCCCGCGCCCUGUCCCUGGAGGGGGAGCAGCUCAUCGACAACAAGCACUACGCCGUGGACUCCAUCCGCCCCAAGUGCCACGAGCUCCGGCACCUCUGCGACCAGUUCACCACCGAGGUCGGGCAGCGGAGGGGUCUACUCAACAAGUCACUGGAGCUGCACAGCCUCCUGGAAGCGUCCAUGAAAUGGUGCGAUGAGGGGAUUUACCUGCUGGCCUCGCAGCCUGUGGACAAGUGCCAGUCCCAAGAUGGGGCUGAGGCAGCCCUCCAAGAAAUUGAGAAGUUUUUGGAGACCGGUGCAGAAAAUAAGAUCCAGGAGCUCAAUAAAAUUUACCAGGACUACGAACCCAUCCUCACCCAGGACCUGCUGGAACACGUGCAGAAGGUCUUCCAGAAGCAAGAGAGCAUGGAAGAAAUGUUUCACCGGAGACAGGCCAGCCUGAAGAAGCUGGCGGCCAAGCAGACCAGGCCUGUGCAGCCAGUGGCCCCCCGGCCGGAGGCGCUCACCAAGUCGCCCUGCCCCUCCCCAGGAGUCCGGAGAGGUUCAGAGAACAACAGUUCUGAGGCCAGCGCACUCCGGAGGGGGCCCUACAGGAGGGCCAAGAGCGAAAUGAGUGAGGGCCGGCAGGGCCGGAGCAGCUCCACGGGGGAAGAGGAGGAGAGCCUGGCCAUCCUGAGGAGGCACGUGAUGAACGAACUCCUUGACACGGAGCGGGUCUACGUGGAGGAGCUGCUCUGCGUCCUGGAGGGCUACGCUGCUGAGAUGGACAAUCCUCUGAUGACGCACCUCCUCACAGCAGGCCUUCAAAACAAGAAGGAUGUUUUAUUUGGAAACAUGGAAGAAAUUUACCACUUUCAUAACAGGAUAUUCCUGAGGGACCUAGAAAACUACAUAGACUGCCCAGAGCUGGUGGGAAGGUGUUUUCUGGAAAGGAUGGAAGAGUUCCAGAUCUACGAGAAGUACUGCCAGAACAAGCCCCGCUCGGAGAGCCUGUGGCGGCAGUGCUCCGACUGCCCAUUCUUCCAGGAAUGCCAGAAGAAACUGGACCACAAGCUGAGUCUGGACUCCUACCUGCUGAAGCCGGUCCAGAGGAUCACCAAAUACCAGCUGCUCCUCAAGGAAAUGUUGAAGUACAGCAAGAACUGCGAGGGGGCAGAGGACCUGCAGGAAGCACUGAGCUCCAUCCUGGGCAUCCUCAAGGCCGUAAAUGACUCCAUGCACCUCAUCGCAAUCACAGGCUAUGAUGGGAAUCUGAGUGACUUGGGGAAGCUGCUGAUGCAGGGCUCCUUCAGUGUCUGGACGGACCACAAGAAGGGCCAUACCAAGGUGAAGGACCUGGCCAGGUUCAAGCCCAUGCAGCGACAUCUGUUCCUGCACGAGAAGGCCGUGCUCUUCUGCAAGAAGCGGGAGGAGAACGGGGAGGGGUACGAGAAAGCCCCGUCCUACAGCUACAAGCAGUCCUUGAACAUGACAGCUGUUGGCAUAACGGAGAACGUGAAAGGGGAUGCGAAGAAGUUCGAGAUCUGGUACAAUGCCAGGGAGGAAGUGUACAUCGUUCAGGCGCCAACCCCGGAGAUUAAGGCAGCGUGGGUGAAUGAGAUCCGGAAAGUGCUGACCAGCCAGCUGCAGGCCUGUCGAGAAGCCAGCCAGCACCGGGCCCUGGAACAGUCCCAGAGCUUGCCUCUGCCAGCCUCCUCCAACACGAGUCCUUCGAAAGGGAAUACAAGAAACGUCAAAAAGUUGGAAGAAAGAAAAACUGACCCCCUGAGUCUGGAAGGAUACGUGAGCUCAACAACGUUGCCAAAACCCCCCGAAAAGGGCAGAGCUUCUCCUACCAGUCCUGACAAAAAAGCUAAGCGACAUGAAGUUAAGAGCGAUCCAACGCCUUUUGGUUUACGAGGUUGGAGCAAAACAUCUCACCCACUGGAGGCCCCUGAGGACAACGACGGCUGGUCGAGUGCUGAGGAGCCAAUUAAUUCCUCAGAUGCGGAGGAAGAAGGCGGAGUGGGCCCCAGGAAGCUGGUUCCAGGGAAGUACACCAUCGUGGUGGACGAUGAGAAGGGAGGCCCCAACACGCUUGCUGUGAGGAGCGGAGACAUGGUAGAGGUGGUUCAGGAGGGCGACGAGGGCCUUUGGUAUGUCAGGAACCUGACCUCCAGCAAGGAGGGCUGGGUGCCAGCCAGCAGCCUGUCCAUGCUCCUCAGCAAGUCCGGCUCGGCACAGUGCUUGAGCAGCUCAGGGGCGUGUGCUGUGGGGCUGCUUCCAAAAGAAGUGACAGAUCCACCGACCCAACAGCUUGAAGAGAGAGGGGGUGGGGGGACUAUUUUGUCUUUUACAAAUUUUUUUUAAAGCGGGGGUUAACCCCAUGGCCAUUUUUUGGUGGUACUUUGGCCUCUAAUCUUUACCAAGAAUCACUGUGUUUACAUGAAAUGACAAUUUGAUACUGCAUUUGAUAUGAAACUAUUUUUUUGUUACUGGGGUUUACAUUGCAGCACGUUGUAUACCCUGAAUGAUUUGGGGGACUCUCUCGUGGAAAUUGACGGCACUCUCCGAGCCCGCCCCGUGACGGGAAUGAAAACACAGCCUUUGAUAAAACCAAGCAGCAUUUCUACAAAGGAAAGCAGUUAGAAACCAAGAAAAUUCCUUUACCUGGGUAGUUAAUUUUCAAAAGAAAAUUUAAAAUACUAACCUCCUUUUCUACAAAAAAAAAAAAUGAGGACUCUUGGUUUUUUUUUAACAUGUGUCACUGAAUUAGGGUUUUUUAUUGUUUUUAAAGAACAGUAAAUACAUGAAGAUGCAGUUUUUGCAGGGUCUCAUCUGAACCAAUGACAUCACUUGCAGCUCGGUGAGAACCUGAGCUCACCUCACCUCUCCCUCCUUUCAACCUCCCCCACCUGCACAGGCUGAGAGAUCGCCCUGCGCAUGUUCUAUGGGACCACCCUAAAUACAGAAAAUUAAAGGUGCAGCGUUAUCUUAUUCCAAUCAAAGCAGAACUGGGAAGAAAGCUCUUCUGUUUUACCCUGUUUUGUGUUUCAGAAACAAAUUCUGUUCUUUGGCAACGCUCUCUGUGUGUGGUUGGGGCAGAUAUUUUUAUAUGUGUGUAUAUAUGUGGAUGUGUGUACAUAUGUAUCCAAUGUAAGGGACGUAUUUAUAGCCUCCAUGCUGCUGGCAAUGUGUCACUUUACAGCCCUCCCCGAGCCCCCGGCCCUACUGCAGCGCGGCCAGCAGGCUUCCUCCCCGCCCCCCCACCUGCAAGGCCGGCCUCGCCCACCAGGCCUCUCUGGAGUGUGGUAAUAAAAUGAAACAGCGUGUCAGACUUGGCAGCUUUUCUUCUGGUGUAUAAGUUAUUUGAAAAAUAAUGUGUCUCGUAAUUUAAUUAAUAUAUGGAUUGUUCAGAUGCCAUUCCUGCCAUCUCAGCCUGGGACUGGCCACCACUCUGUGAUCUCUUCCUCUAAAGGCACUUUAAAACUCCAUGUUUCGGCCACUGUUCUUUUCUUCCCCUGCGGAUGUAAACGAAAUUUGAAAACCAGAACCCUUUAUUGUAUGGAUGAAGUUUGAAUAAAUAUCAGCAGCUCUUGCUGUCUGCCUUCCUCUGUGAAGGCACAGAGUUC